UUUCUCUUAAUAGGUAAGAAACCGGAUUCCCGGAUUCCGAUUCCGAUAACGACAAGAAACCCGCAAGACCUCGUCCUCGAGUUGAGGCUUAGGCAGGCUGCCAGUGGGACUCGCACGCAAGCGACCCGCGCUGGAUAAUGCAAAGACGCGAUUACCCGACCUUGCUGACGAAUGAAGAUCAGUGGAGGGGUUGUUUAAGAGAAAAAAAAAAAAAAAAAAAAAGUCGACCGGGCACGGACUUCCUGCAAGUAAAAAUAAGCAAGGCUUCUUUUCUUCCUUUCCUUCGAGUCAUCGCUUAUUUAUUUAUUUCUGUAUUACUAUGCCACCAUCUACACACAUACACAUGCUCACACUUCUCUUUCUCACUUUCUGUGUAUUGUAUUAUUAAUAAGGUAGUGUAUUGUACAAAGUACCUGUUAAAGAAAUACCGAAUCAGGCUUCUUGCUGCGUUGCUUGGACCACCCCGGGACUCCGUGUAUCCAUAAUCUUCUGUGUUACGGACAAGAUACGGAGUGUGACAUCCAAGACCACUUGCACAUUUAACAUCCACACCGGAUCUGUGUUACCGGGGCUUCGGUACGACUUUGUA